CUUUAGCUUGUGCAUUAACAAAUGUUUUAGUUAAACAGUAAAGACGGAAGUAACGGUAUAACCAUUUUUGAAGUAGAGGUAUGUGUUAGCACUGUUUAGAGCGUGAAAAGACUGCCUGAUGGUUAGCUCCCCAGCUUGGAGUCUGAGGGUUGACUGCGCCAUGGCUCCCCUUUCUUCACCACUGAUAAGAGAUUCUGCAGUUCUCAAUGAUACACGCAUCACCCCUUUGCCUGCAGUUUAUUCCCAUGUUGAGAUGUGCACAAAGUGGUUUCCAGUGCAGUGAAGCAACUCUGCUGAUAGUGAGCAAGGACUUACGCAUCCUAUGGGAGCAAGGACACUCUUCUUUCUUUUACACAACACCUCACAGUGGAGUCCUAGACUCUUCUUUUGCAUUUUCUUACUAUCUCAGAACAAGUAAUACAAAUUCUCAGGGACAGUCAGCCCUCUUCUGGGUGUAUAAUCCUAAAGCAUUUUCAUUGCUCUGACUUACCAGAACUAUUUUACUGCAGCUGCAGUAGUAUAGAACUUAGCACAGGAGACGUACCUAAGAAACUGGAGAAAUGUUUAGGCAACUAGCUGACCUGGAUGUACAUAAGCUAGCUGGACAUGGCUGACCAGUAUCUAUGCUAAGCAAAGUGCAAUGGCUGCACACUGAACCCAGCACUCUUAGCUAUGCCUACCAUACCUGUCCUAACUCUGCAGAGCAAAGAAGAGAGCUGUGCAUUUGUCCAAAAUUCAACAGAUCUAAACAGGGUCUUGAUAUACAAAGGGCUAGAUUUGAGCUUUGAAGAACUCAUCUACACUUAUCGUAUCUUCAGGGAACACCAAGGGUGUUUUAGAAUACAGACUUCUGAAGGUAUUCCACAAAAGACCUUCAGAACUUUAAAGGAUUUAAUAUACACCUAUGAAAAGCCAAACCAAGGGCUAGUAAUAAACCUUCGCUACCCAGUCAAUAAAUUGAUGCCCUCACAAAGAAGCUUGAGAUUCAAAUCAGCCAUCGAUGACAUUUAUGAUGAAGUUGAUGAGAGCGAUUAUGUUGAUGUCCUACCCUGAAAUGAUCUGCAACCUGAUGAUUUGGGAAGCUGCCCUUUCAGACUGUGCCACAACACCACGACAGAUUACGGACAGUUAUCAGCUGGACAUUCCUGGAUACGGAUCUAUACUUCUGGAAUUAACUCCUUUUGGAGCCUGUCAGAGUAACUGUCUUUUGCUCCAGUUGAUCCAAUACAAGCUACUAUUUUUUUCAGCGUUAGAAGAAUCCUUUUUUUCUACUAGGUGCAUGCAUAUAUGUAUGUGUGUGUGUUUUGUGUUUUUUGGUCAGCAAAUUGUCCAGUAUGUCUCCUGCUAAAAUGAACUACCUGUUGAAAAAAAGCAAUAUAGGUAUGGUAAAUGAAUGUGCAUAAAGCAGUAGCUUAUGGUAGAACUGAUGUAUGUUGAUAAAAAUGAUACACAUGGUGAUAAAAGUUCUGUUGAAAACAUAUGAUGCUUAAAAGACUCCAAAUUCUAUUUUUUUUGGUGCAUGAUUCAUGUUGCCUCAUUGCUGGUAAGUAGAUAGUCAUUUCAGCUAUAGAUAGGCCAAUACUAAUAUUUAUCCUGUAGUUUGAAAUAAUCUAAAUUAGAACAAAAAGGUACUGAUAAAUCUAUGCUGUACAGAGUUAAUAACAUGAACACGGCUUGAACUACUUUUAAUUAGCAGCUCUAGUGUAUUAUUACGGGAGUGCAAGCUUUACAUGUGUGUAGUUAUGAGCAUAUACUUUUGAAUAUUUAAUGUAUACAUGAAAAUAGCUAAUACAUUCAUUUGCCACUGCCAUUAGCUCUGUAUUGUAACGUGCAUGUUUUUUAUUAUUUUAUUGUAAGAAUUUGCUUUGAUCUAGCCCGUCAUUUUAAAUAUUUAGUACACAGUUUUGUACUGAAGGUGAUGUGCAACUAGCAGCCUAAGCCAGAACUGUAACAUAUGCCCUGAUUCUCCCUGUUAUUAGUACCAAUUCUUUCUCAAUUUGUGAUCUUAAGGAAGAUGAUUAAAUUUGCCAAGUAUUUGUUUAGUAUCUUCAACAA